GACGAGUACUAGUGGCAGUAGAAACAAACAAUCAGGGGGAAGGCUUUGUUCGCCAUCGCUCGCUUGCUUCCUCUCUGUGGUACCAUUCCACUCCAAACUAGCUAGAUCACUCUCUCUCUCUCUCUCUCACUCUCUCAUGGCUUCUUCAUCUUCUUCUCCUUCUUCCUGUCUAUCAAAUCUCGACUGCAAACACGCGUUACUGUGAUUUCUUGCAAUUCAGCAACCCUUUCAUACAUAUAUAUAUAUAUAUGUAUAUGCAUCUGUAGAAUGAGUCAGAACCAUGGAGACUCGAAACAGAACUCAGGGGCAUCGAUGUCGAGCUCCAGCUCGAAUCCGGAUCCUAAAAAGGCCGAGAGGCCACCACUGCUCAAGAAAUCCAAGACAAUUGCGGACUCCUCUCGGACUCCGCAUUUCCCCGGGCCGCUUUUCCCCGCCGUCCGCCUAUCGACCUCGCCGCCGUCUCGCCGGUCGUUUGAGUCCGAGGACUGUUCCGUCGGGAGUGAUCCGGUUGGGAGUCAGGGCGUUGUAUUACCCGAUCGGGACUGGCUGUAUCCGUCGUUUCUUGGGCCCCACGCCGCUCGGAAUAGACCAACGGUUAAGUCGUCGAAGUCGAAUCGCUCACCGGCGAAUUCGGACGCUGGACGUGGCAAGGAGGGAGGUCUUGUGCGGCCUAUUGGAGCUCCGCCGGGGCUGCGGGUUCCGGAGUCGAAGGCAAAGCCGAAGCCGGAGACGGAGGCGGAGGAAGAAACGAGGCCACUGCCUGUUCAAGAUUUGGUUCCUUCUUUGUCUUCGCCAAGCUCAGCUACUAACUCCGCUGCUCCGCGAACUGGAAGAUUCCACAGAUCCGGGAUCACGUAUUUGCUGAUCUUUACUUGUAUCCUAGCAGUGCUUUAUGCAUUUUGUUUGCAAGCUAAAGUGGCAAGACUUCAGGAAGAGAAUACUAACCUUCAUAGAUGUUGUAACCACAAAAAUUUUGUUCACAAGGGCAGCAUUGAAGAUCUGGAACUGCAAAAUGAGAGCUUAUCUUUUUCUUUUGGAAACACUAACAGUAGAAUCAUUGCUCUGUAUACUGCUUUGUUUACCCUCAUCAUUCCAUUUGCAUCCUACAAAUUUAUUGAUUAUGUUCCAAGGAUUAAGAAGCUGUCAAAGAAGACGAAGGAUAAUAAGGAGGAGGCUCCUUUGAAGAAAAGAAUUGCAUAUGUGGUGGAUGUGUGUUUCUCUGUUUACCCCUAUGCAAAGCUGCUUGCUCUUCUCUUUUCAACCAUAUUUCUUAUAGGAUUUGGUGGUUUAGCACUCUAUGCUGUUGGUGACGGUAGCUUUACUGAAGCUCUUUGGCUUUCAUGGACUUUUGUUGCGGACUCUGGAAAUCAUGCUGACAUAGUUGGCACUGGUCUAAGGAUUGUAUCAGUCUCAAUUAGCUCAGGAGGCAUGCUAAUAUUUGCCAUGAUGUUAGGGCUUGUUUCAGAUGCAAUCUCAGAGAAGGUGGAUUCGUUGCGGAAAGGGAAAAGUGAAGUAAUUGAGAGUAACCAUGUACUGAUUCUUGGAUGGAGUGACAAAUUGGGUUCACUUUUGAAGCAGCUAGCAAUAGCAAAUAAGAGUCUUGGUGGCGGUGUUAUUGUUGUACUGGCAGAACGAGACAAAGAGGAAAUGGAGAUAGAUAUAGCAAAACUAGAAUUUGACUUCAUGGGCACAUCUGUUAUAUGCAGAAGUGGCAGCCCUCUUAUACUUGCUGACUUGAAGAAGGUUUCAGUUUCAAAGGCGCGUGCCAUCAUUGUAUUAGCAUCUGAGGAAAACGCAGACCAGAGUGAUGCACGUGCUCUGAGGGUUGUGCUUAGCCUCACAGGAGUAAAAGAAUGCUUGAGGGGUCACGUUGUUGUUGAAAUGAGUGAUCUUGACAAUGAGCCCUUGGUGAAGCUUGUUGGAGGAGAACUCAUUGAAACAGUUGUUGCACAUGAUGUGAUUGGGCGUUUGAUGAUACAAUGUGCUCUCCAGCCUGGCCUUGCGCAGAUAUGGGAGGAUGUUUUGGGGUUUGAAAAUGCUGAAUUUUACAUCAAAAGGUGGCCUCAGUUGGAUGGUCUUUGUUUUGGAGAUGUACUUCUUUCAUUCCCUGAUGCAGUUCCUUGUGGGGUCAAAGUUGCUGCACAAGGUGGGAAGAUUAUAUUAAAUCCAGACGACAACUAUAUUCUUAAGGAGGGUGAUGAAAUCCUUGUUAUAGCCGAGGAUGAUGACACCUAUGCACCCGGUCCUAUUCCACAGGUAAGUAGAAGUUCUUUUCUUAAAAUCUAUGACAUUCCAAAAUAUCCGGAGAAGAUACUAUUCUGUGGCUGGCGACGUGAUAUUGAUGACAUGAUUAUGGUACUUGAGGCCUUCUUGGCUCCUGGUUCAGAAUUAUGGAUGUUUAAUGAUGUUCCAGUAAAAGAACGAGAGACGAAGUUGGCUGAUGGUGGGCUUGAUAUUUCAGGACUAGUGAACAUAAAACUUGUUCAUCGUGAAGGGAAUGCUGUAAUUAAGCGGCAUUUAGAGCUCCUUCCGUUGGAAACAUUUGAUUCUAUAUUAAUUCUUGCAGAUGAGUCUGUUGAGGACUCUGUUGUACAUUCUGACUCACGAUCACUGGCCACCCUCCUCCUCAUUAGAGAUAUUCAGUCCAAGCGCCUCCCCUACAAAGAUACUCGAUCUAUUCCUCUAAGGCAUUCUGGGUUCUCCCAUAGCUCAUGGAUCCGUGAAAUGCAACAAGCUUCAGACAAAUCAAUAAUUAUAAGUGAGAUCUUGGAUUCCAGGACUAGAAACUUGGUCUCUGUCUCCAGAAUUAGUGAUUAUGUGCUAUCAAAUGAACUAGUCAGUAUGGCACUAGCAAUGGUAGCCGAAGACAAACAAAUAAAUCGUGUCCUCGAGGAACUCUUCUCAGAAGAGGGAAAUGAGAUGUGCAUCAAACCAGCAGAAUUCUAUUUAUAUGACCAAGAAGAACUCUGCUUUUAUGAUAUAAUGAUUAGGGGCCGUCAAAGACUGGAGAUAGUGAUUGGUUAUCGACUAGCAAAUGCAGAGCGUGCCAUAAUUAAUCCCGAGCACAAGCUCGAACCAAGAAAAUGGUCCCUUGAUGACGUUUUCGUUGUUAUUUCCCAGGGCGAAUGAGAAGUAAAUCAGCAGCAGGAUUUUUACAAAUAUCAGUAGGUGCAGGCAGCUACUGUAUACUGUUAGCUUAGCAUUAGCAAUUGGUUCUCCCCUGGAGCCUCCCAAAUUAGAAGAAAGAACUGUCCCCAACUUGAAAUCAGAGGUAACAUUUUCAUUACUCUGGUUAGUGAAAGAUCUGCAUAUGACCAGACGGGCAGGGAAUGCUCAUAUUCUACGUCCUGAUGAAACUCCUAUCCUACCCUUCAAAGUAGAGAAAUUUCUCGAGAUUAGGUUGGAAUUUUGUACAAAUGUAACGUGUUAUUUGUUGUGUAAUUUAAAUAAGACCCCAGUUGAUGUAUUUGUAUUUGACCCCUCUUGCUAACAUUCAGAAACAAAUAGCCUUUCAUAUUGGUUUU